AACAGCAUACUAAAUCUGCUGGAGGACAGGAAGGUAGGCCUUACUUUACAUACGCUCUUUAGUCUCUGUAGUCUUUAUUUUGAGGGUACUCUGUGCCAUUGACAGUUCAGUUAUUGAGAUUCAGUUUGAGAGUCAGAGGUUUAAAGCAGGUUUUUGUGGAGACCUUACUUUCGUCCUCACUUAUAUUUGACUAUUUUUUUCCUCUGGAGACACUGGAGGGCAGUAUUUCACAGGACAUUAGCUUAUACAUGCAUUCGGGCAGGUAUUAAUUUCUUCCCUUGUUAACAUUACACAGAGCAGUAAUAAUACAGUAUACGCAAGUUUACGCCUCUGAGUAUUUAAUAUUUACAGUCUCAUAUAAUCUUCAUAUAGAAUUUAGUAAUAUAGACAUGCUUCUUCAAAUUGUCAACGAGUUAACAUUACCUUGAUCUACUGUUUUACAAUUUUCUACUGAAUAUCUGGAUGUGGGCCAAAGGAGGCAGGCUCUGAUUAGUGUUUAAUCAGCUAGUAUGAGGCGAAUGUAAAUGCUGCCAGAUGCAAAUGCGUCUUCCACAUACCACGUCUUUAAUGGCAGGUGUUUUUUUUCUUUCACAUUUGGUCUGGCCUGAAAGCAGUAUCAGACUUGAAUCACUGUAGGUAGGGGACAAAAUGAAUAAAUACUGUGGCUAACUUUGACUAAUACCGUAGGUAUUGCCAGCUCUUCAUGUAGGCUGACCUGACAAUACAGGGUGUCCCAAAAGUCUCCAUACAUAGAGGACUAGGUACGCAAGCACCAUGUCGGUUGUGCCUUCGGCAGUGGAUGUUUGUGGACGUCCACUUCUCUGUUGGUCUGAAACACUUCCCGAUCUUUGCGACAGCUUCCCGAUCCAGCCAUGAGAAUGGUUUCAGUAUUUUCUUAUUUUAUCAAAGGUGUUCUUAGAGACUGUUUGAAAAAAGUAUAAUAUAAACUAAGCAUGAGAAUUGUGGAAGGCAUUUUGCUAAAUUUUUGUACAUUUCCCCAAUGUAUGGAGACUUUUGUGACUUAUUUGAUAUUUUAUGCUGUGUUUUUACUACAUUGCACUUUGUGCUUGAUCUGAUGGUAUGCGGGAGUCUAAACGAUAACAUUGCCCCGGGAGAGCUGAUGCUAUAUUCAGCAGUUCCUCUGGCUGCAGCCGUGCGUCUGUCCUGGGCUCUAAGCUUGGCCUCUCUAAGGGAGAAAGUAUGCUUUUUCGACCUGCAGGCUGCUGUAUGCCACUGAGAGAUCAUGGCCUCUAACCUCUUAAAUCUGGCCUCCAACGCUGAAGGUCUAGAUGCUCGGCUGGUACUCAGGGCAGUUGACCACCAGGGGGCCAGCAUGCUGGACUGUCUGAUAGAAGCUAGGUAGAAAAAUGUUGUAUCAAAUCCAGCAGUACAGAAUUACCUGUCAGACGUGUGGUAUGGCAAUCUACAGUGGGACUCUGCUGAUCUGUCCUCUGCUUUGGCUGGCCCUCUCACUUCCACUCAAACACAGGCACUCCUGACUAAUUGUCCUAAACAUCUGAAUAUGUACUACCAACUUUAAUUGACUCCUUUCGAGUAAACGCGCAAGUAUUUCCUUGCACAUUUGUAAGAAGACACAGCUACCUCUAUAAGAAAAGCCUUUACAAUUAAAUUCUACUUUAGAUUCAACACCAUUCCUAUUGUGAAGUUGAUGAGUCAUCUGGUGUCCCACGUCUUUCUCCUGGCCCUAUUCAUCGUCUCAAUUGUCUACCCACCUAUUAUUCCACCACCUGAGUGCUGGCUAUAUGCAGGAUGGUGUGAGGGGCUUUUACUGAGCUGGUUGUGUGGAAUGCUGUUAUCUCAGCUCAGUCAAACAGCUGAGAAUACAGGUUUGGCUUGGAUCAGGGUCUUCCUCUUGGUCAUCUCUGCGACUGCUCUUAUCUGCCACUUGUUUGCCGUUGCCUUCCAGCUGAAUCAUAAUUUUUUAGCCUGGAUUCUUCUCUGCAACAUUCAAUUGGCGGUUGAAGUGGCAGUGGGGUUUAUUCAGCUCUUGGAGUUCCUAAUGCUCCACCACCUAUUUGGGCCAUGGGCCAUCAUUAUCAAGAAUCUCAUGAAGGACCUAAGACGCUUUGCCAUCAUCCUGCUGCUCUUUCACACUGCUUUCUCUCUGAGCCUUACUGCUAUCUGCCAACCUGUGCCUCCAGAAACUAGACAUCAAUGCAAUUAUUCAGUGAACAGCAGCAAUAACAAUGUCAGUGAGCCAGUGAUGACCCCUCUGAAUGUCUGUUUUGCUCUUUUUUGCUCUCUUUGGCUUAACCGAGCGAAAGGACAUCUUGACAUUUCAUUCAGACCCCAUUCCUACCUUGACUCAUCUUGUCUUUGGAAUCUAUCUGGUGGUGACGGUGAUAGUGCUGCUCAACCUGCUCAUUGCCAUGAUGAGCAACACAUACCAGCGCAUCCAGUCUCAGUCGGACACGGAAUGGAAGUUUGGUCGUGCUAUCCUCAUGAGAGACAUAACCUGCAAGUCUGAGACUCCCUCUCCAUUCGUUCAGUUUACCUGCCUCUUCUAUAUCAUGUCCCUCUGCAAGCAUAGAGUUGAGAGGCAGGAUCUUGUAAGGAAGAAGGAGGAAACAGAAGGUUUGCCAGAGAUCAUCUCUCUGUGCACAAUGGCUCACACCGCCAUCUGCCGGUUCAGAGGAAGACAAAGAACACAGAUCCUCCCUGAGGGUGCACAUAGAGAAUGUGACUGACUGGACAGUGCUGGUACAGCGUCUUCUAGCCCUGCGUGGUCAAAAGGACAGAGAACCACCAGAGUCCAACAGCCCCCGUCAUCAGUAAUAAACCCACCUUGCUCAAUGUAAUCAUGAUUUCCAUUUUUAACUUUUACCACCAUUUCUUCCUGUUUACAUUAUAACCUUCACAUUUUGGUGUUUUCACUGAACACGAGCCACUGCUACUGCCACUAGAACUGCUAGUGAUUCAUUCAAAUGUUUAUAAACGUAUUAUAUAUUUCUUUCUUUGUUCUUAUCAUGAAUGUAUAGACACAGGCACUGUAUUACUGAUGUGAAGUCAGUUUGCGUUGUUUGUUACUGAAUUAAAAAAAAAACUGAAUGAAAUAUAU